UUAGUGCGCUUACUUGAGUCAGAUACUGAAGCUUAUGUAAGCAGUUUAUCUUUAUCAGGUUGGCUUGAACUGGAAGCUUGAAGUCGCUCUUGCCCCACGUCCUCUUCGUACCUUCAUUGACGUUGAAGUUCAAACUAUCAAUCCUGCUUUAACCUCCCAUUCAUUUGUACUCUUACAUGUCUACUCCGCCAAAUAGACCAAAUGCUUCACAACCUGUGAAUAUAACGAGCCCGAGACUCCGACCUACAGAAUAUGCAUCAGGUGGUUCUCCCCGCCCAUCCUUUCAGAUAUCUGGGUCACCAAGUGCUCGAAUAUUACGAUCUCAGUAUACCGGAACUCCUCCGCUGCCAAAUAUUCCAAGUCGUUCCACUCCAAUAGGCACACCGCGGGGAACAGGACUGGUAUUAUCUUCAGGCGAGGGAUCCCGUCGGGGAGGAAUCACUCCGAGGCGUCCUGAUACGCCCGUCAGUGGUAUCGACACUACGAAUUUUCUUGAUGAGUUGACAGACGAAGACAAGGCGAAGAUCCUGCGUAGACAUUUGGUCUCGCCAGGUGAACGAAAUCCGCCAGAGGGCAGCUCCCCACGCGGCUCCAUGAGCGCAGGCUCUGACUCUGGAGCCGUCUCCAAACGUCCGUCUGCGGUGCAUUUACGCUCUCAAAGUCAGGCGUCAGAGGCAUUUCCAGUACCAUAUCAUGCACCAGGUGCAGACGUGACUCAUAGUCUGUAUAAAUGGGAAGCAGACAAGCGUCGAGCAGCCACUAGACCACGAGCAUCAUCCUUUGCUGGUUCCACGGCCUCCGCACCUCAUCCUGCCUUUGAGCACAUCCAUGAGCCAGGUGGAUUCCGCCGCAACUAUGUACUGCUGCGCGCAAAGGAAAGAGGUGAUGAGAAACCCCCAAUGCUUAGAAGCUUCAUAGAAUUUCUCUAUCUAUUUGGACACUUUGCUGGAGAAGACCUAGAAGAGGAAGAAGAGGGAGAGGAAGAACGCCUUACUUCCGAAGAGGAGGAUGAAGAGGUCACUGCCGUGGAACGUCGUCCUUAUGCCGGCACUUCUCUCUUGUCUCAAGCAGAGGCAGGUACUCAGCAACCAUCACUAACAUUAGACAUACCCAAGAUCGAUGAGCUGCACAAAGCGACAGAACGCUCACCACUGUUACCAUCCGCUGCGUCGAAGUCGCGAUCCAGGUCGCGCAGGAGACGGAUGAGCGUAGGUCCUCACGGUGAUGCUACCGUUACGCAAGCAGUUCUCAUGCUUCUGAAAUCAUUUGUUGGUACAGGCGUGCUAUUUUUGGGCAAAGCGUUUUUCAAUGGUGGAAUAUUGUUUUCGAGUUUCAUCCUAGUAUUCAUCGCUUUGAUAUCUCUAUACUCGUUCCUGUUAUUGGUGAAGACCAAGUUCGUCGUGUCAGGCAGUUUUGGAGAUAUGGGUGGCACCCUCUACGGCCCAUGGAUGCGCUAUGCGAUCCUCACCUCAAUUACAGUCUCGCAAAUUGGCUUUGUAUCCGCCUACAUCAUCUUCGUUUCUGAGAACUUGCAAGCCUUCGUCCUUGCCAUUACGAAUUGCGCCAAACUGCUGGGUAUCCAGUAUUUUAUCCUCCUGCAAAUGAUCAUCUUCCUACCUCUCGCGCUCAUUCGCAACCUUGCGAAGUUGAGCACAACAGCACUCGUGGCCGAUGCAUUCAUUCUGGCAGGCCUGAUCUAUAUUUUUGGAAGUGAAGCUGGCAUCAUGGCAGAACGAGGCCCUGCGCACGUUGAAUUGUUCAACUCGAAGGAGUGGCCUUUGUUGAUCGGGACUGCCGUCUUCUCUUUUGAAGGCAUUGGUUUGGUUAUUCCCAUCACGGAUGCCAUGAAAGAACCUCGCAAGUUCCCUGCAGUUCUUUCUGCUGUCAUGUUGUUCUUGAUGGUCCUCUUCUGCGGCGCUGGUGUCAUGUCAUACUUGACGUUUGGCGCAGAUGUCCAAACUGUUGUGAUCGUCAACUUGGACACCACAAGCAAGUUCACUCAAGCUGUCCAAUUCUUGUACUCUUUGGCUAUUCUGCUAUCUGUUCCUCUGCAACUCUUUCCGGCUGUUCGCAUCGUGGAGAACGGUUUGUUCAAACGCAGCGGGAAGAUGGACACCAAAGUCAAGUGGCAGAAGAACUUCUUCCGAUUCCUCGCGGUGACGCUAUGCGCGGGACUCAGCUGGGCCGGCGCAGCCGAUUUGGACAAGUUUGUGUCUUUCGUCGGCAGCUUUGCUUGCGUCCCGCUUUGCUACGUCUACCCGGCCAUGUUGCACUACAAGGCCUGUGCACGUACUCGCAAGCAGAAGGUUGCAGAUAUUGCUCUAAUGGUGUUUGGCAUGUUGGCCGCUACAUAUACAUCCGCCAUGACUAUCCGGGUGUGUACUUCCGCAUCUUCUCACUCAAUUAACUCUCAAUUGAAUCCUUCUCUACUGUAGCUGAUGCUCACACCUGAACCUGCGGGACCUCCCGUUCUUGGACUGUGCGAGAAGUCACCGACCGAACACCUGUUCUUGCAUUAACAUUCGACUUUCGCAUGCUCUAUUCUAGUCUUCGGGCAUCUAGGACAUAUUUCAUAGGAUUUGCUUCCGCGCACACUCAUACCUUGGCAUCCAUAUAAUUGUUUCAUGCAUGUAUAACCUCAUUCGGCAUACUUUACUCACUGUAUAUGGUAUCAUUAGCUGUUGCUUAGAACAUAUGAAGCUGUCUAGCGAUCGUUUUCGAUGAUCCCGAGGCGGUUCUGCGUUCAUGUUGCACAUCGCCUUGUUGUCAACCGGCGAUAGAACGAGUGCAAAACCCCGAGUAUUGUUCUAUUUCUGGU